GAGGGAAUGGCUCGAGGCUGUACUGUCCCUGCUUCUGUCCCUGCCUCUGCCUCUGUCCGUUCGGAUGGGUGCAGCUAUGUAUGGAUGUAGGUAUAUGUACAUAUAAGUCAACAGUCCUCGUCCGGAUGACGGAGGGAUAGAUACAUAGCUGCUGCGGUGAAUGAAUCUUUGCGAGUCUACUCAUCUCCCCCGAGCGAGAAAGAAAACCAACAACCAACACUUUGCAGCUCGUAACGAAGGGGCAGGAAGAGUCUUCAGUCCGUUAUACUUAUCACGAUGUCUACCACUACCGAUAAAGAAAUCGAAGCCCCAGUCGCAGCUUCCCUCCGGGACCUCGCCACCUCCUGCACGCCCACAUCCUCGUCCACCGUCAUCCCCAACCGCCGUCUCCUGUUCCGAAUCGACCUGCACAUCCUCCCGAUCUUGUCGUUCGUCUACCUGUUCUCAUUUCUGGACCGGGUCAACAUCGGCAAUGCCGCGGUGUUCGGGAUCAAGGAGGAGCUGCGGUUGAAGGGCACGCAGUAUAACACUGCGCUCAUGAUCUUUUUCAUCCCGUACAUUCUGUUUGAGAUUCCGUCAAACAUCUUGCUCCAGAAAUCCAUGCCGCACCGCUACUUGAGCUUCUGUGUCCUCGGUUUCGGCGUUACUACGUUGCUGCAAGGCUUCGUGACCAACUAUGCGGGACUGCUGGCCACCCGCUUCUUCUUGGGACUCUUCGAGACUGGACUAUUCCCAGGCUGUUUCUAUCUCUUAUCCAUGUGGUACAAGCGCACGGAAUCGCAAAAGCGCUUCACGUUCUUCUUCAUCAGCACGACGCUGGCGAUGGCGUUUGGCGGGCUGCUGGCCGGUGCGAUCGGGAAGAUGGACGGGUAUGGCGGGAAGCGCGCGUGGCGCUGGAUCUUUAUCCUUGAAGGCGCAAUGACCUGCGCCGUGGCCGCGCUGGGAUACUUCACGAUCCCCGAUUUCCCCGAAGACGUCACGUGGCUCCGCCCCGAGGAGAAGGAGUGGGUCCGCGCCAGGCUGCACGAGGAUGUCGGGAAGGCGAGUCGCAAGAACCCGAUACGACUGAAGGAUCUGAAGAUGCUGUAUCAGGACUACAAGUUCAUCCUCGGCGCCCUGUUGUACCUGGGCUUUGCCGUGUCGGCCUACGGCUACGCGUACUUCGCGCCCACGCUCCUCGUUGGCUGGAACUACAGCCCGAUCGAGUCGCAGCUGCGAACGGUUCCCAUCGCAAUGUCAUCGUUCGUGCUGGCGAUGGUGGUAGCAUGGGCUAGCGACUACACGAAGCACCGCUACACUUUCAUUCUGGGCGGCUGUUUGCUCACGCUGGCCGGGUUCGCCAUGUUGAUGACUACCCACGGUAAUCAGAACCUGCAGUAUGCGGCACUGUUCAUCGCGUUUCAAGGCGCCGGCGCCGCAAUGCCAAUAGCGAUAUGCUACUUCCAGACCAACCUCGCGGGCCACACCCGACGGGCGAUCGGCAGCGCCUUCCAAAUAUCACUCGGCAACCUCGGCGGCGUAAUCGCAGCGUUCCUAUUCGUGCCCGCAGAUGCGCCGGAGUACACGACAGGCUACUCGGUGGCGAUCGGCUUCGUGGUGCUCACGAUCGUGGCGGCGACCGCGUACAUGCUCGGCAUCCGCCGCGAAAACGCGCUGCGGGAGAUGGGCGCCGCUGGGGUCGAUCCCGACGACGACGAUGCGGACGUGGGUGAUACCGCAAGGACGUUUAGAUAUGUUUUGUAAUACCAGGCAGGUAGGAUGGGGAACCGCUUCCUGAUGAGGGGGAUGAGGGGGAUGAGGGAGACGGACGUUUGUUUGUUUGUCAUGUCCGCUCGGUUGCUUUUUUUUCUUCAGUUGUUCAGUGGGGGGCCCGUAGGAGGGGAGGAGAGGGGGAGGGGAUAAGCCGCAUGCCUGCGUGCGUCCGGCAGCCGGCCGGACGUUGGCAGCGGCAGUUGUUACAUCCAUAGGCAGUUAUCCAGACGUCUCGAGUGACAGUCAAUGAAAUAGUCUGCACCCGA